UCAUUGAAAGGUGCAAUAUACCUCUUUUGACACAAUCCUGAUCUUGCUUGCUACUCCUUACUUAUUCUUAACCAAAAAAAAUACCAAGUUGAUUCAUCUGAGCGUCAGUGUAGUGUGCAGAUAUUAAAUGUAUAGGCACGAGAAGUAUGUUUGAAAAUGAUUUUAUAUUCAGUCUUAGAACCAGGAUCAAAAAAGUGUGCAGAUGACCACAAGAGAAGAAAGCUAUGGAUCAGAGGCCAUGGGCAGUACCAAUCAUGUUCAGCACAUUCCAAAAAGUGCGUCGGAGACCUCCAGCCCUUCAAGUGCCUUUGGGAUAAGCCCCGCGAUAGAUAUGGAAAUAACUUUAGUUAACUCACAGGACAGCAGUGACAAUGACAACGGGCGGCUCCCAGACGUCGUGGUCGAGGCAAAAGUGUGUGACGAAGAUGAACAAAUACAGGAAACAUAUUUUUCUAUAGCGAUACAAGUAUUCAUUCCUUUCUUAAUCGCCGGGUUUGGCAUGGUCUUCGCGGGACUGGUUCUAGACAAAAUACAGCACUGGCCAGUAUUCGCGGAAAUAACAGAAUUAGUAAUUUUAAUUCCAGCCCUUUUAGGCUUGAAAGGCAACUUAGAAAUGACGCUAGCGUCAAGGUUAUCCACUCAAGCAAAUUUAGGACAUAUGGACACGCCCAAACAAAAAAUUAGUAUUAUAGUGGGCAAUUUAACUCUUAUUCAGUGUCAAGCAAUUGUUGUCGGUUUCUUGGGAGCAGUCGUAGCGGUUGUUAUGGGUGGGAUAAAAAGCAAUGACGUUGAAUUAGACCACGCUUACCUAUUAUGUGCCAGUAGCUUAGUCACAGUUUCAAUAGCGAGUCUGGUACUUGGAUUGAUCACUGCUGGUGUUAUAGUACUAUCUAGACAUUGCCACAUAAAUCCUGACAAUGUAGCAACCCCCAUAGCGGCUAGCCUAGGAGAUAUCACGUCGCUCACGUUAUUAUCAUGGGUUUCCACAAUGCUAUACGAUUCUAUAGGUAGCCAAGACUGGUUAGCACCGCUGAUAAUCGCAGGUUACCUUCUAGCCAUACCAAUGUGGGUGUGGAUAGCUAAAAGGAACCUACAGACUCGAGACGUAUUGUACCACGGUUGGACCCCAGUUAUGGGUGCCAUGUUGAUUAGCUCGAUGGGUGGCCUAAUUUUAGAUUUCAUGGUGUCGAGGUUUCAGGGUAUAGCAGUGUUUCAACCGGUUAUCAAUGGCGUUGGAGGAAAUCUAGUAGCAGUUCAAGCCAGCCGAAUAUCCACCGCCCUGCACAAGCAAGCGGAACUAGGAAUUUUGACGUCUGAGAAUAACGCCGAUGAAGACACGGUUAUAUUUAUAUCGCCAGUUACCGGGUUCUGCGGCAAAGGAAUGCACGCGCGUACCACGAGGGUCCUAAUGUCAAUGGUGGUGCCUGGACAUAUUAUUUUCAUCUACACCAUUGAUUAUAUGAAGGAUGGGGACUCGUCUCUAAGCCCGUGGUUCGUCGUGGUGUACCUAUGCGCGGCGUUGAUGCAAGUAGCCACGUUACUCUACGUGGCUUACAUCAUGAUCCAUUGGAUGUGGAAAAGGAAGAUAGACCCCGACAAUUCAGCCAUACCUUACUUGACGUCUAUAGGAGAUCUUCUUGGAAUAUCGUUACUAGCGAUCGCUUUCCAGUUUUUAUAUCUCAUUUCGGAUCACGAUCCCGAAACUGGAGACCAAUAAAGUAGCUACCUGUCCUCUAACUUUAUUUUUGUUGAGUAGACCUGAUUUUUCAUACCUCCUCUGUGUUGUGAUAAAUAAAUCGACAAUAGGUGUUAGAUAUGAAUUAUAGAUAACCAGAGAGAAAUUCUGUAGAUAAAAUUAUUUUAUUAUUAGAUAGAACUUUUGUUUUAUUUGUCUUGAAAAUAUUUUUGUUAA